UCUUGAAUGAACACUAUACCAUAAGUACAUGUGCUACUUCCGGUUUCUAUUUUCAAAUGGCAUCAAGCGCAGGAGACUGGUGUCUCAUAGAAAGUGACCCAGGCGUAUUCACUGAAUUAAUUAGAGGUUUUGGCUGCAAAGGUGUUCAAGUGGAAGAAAUAUGGAGUUUAGAUCCUGACAGCUUUGCAAACUUGAAACCAGUUCAUGGAUUAGUUUUUCUGUUUAAAUGGCAGCCAGAGUCAGAACCACAAGGAACUAUAGUACAGGAUAGUAGACUAGAAAAAAUCUUCUUUGCCAAACAGGUUAUAAAUAAUGCAUGUGCAACACAAGCCAUUCUGAGUAUACUGCUGAAUUGUGAACCAGAAGCUUUAGAACUGGGAGAAACAUUAACAGGCUUUAAAGAAUUUGUACAGGGUUUUGAACCUGGAUUAAGGGGUUUAACGUUGAGCAAUUCUGAUGUCAUUAGACAAGUCCAUAAUAGUUUUUCAAGGCAACAGAUGUUUGAAUUUGAUGAGAAGCAAGCAAAGAAAGAUGAUGAUGUUUUCCACUUUGUAGGGUAUCUUCCAAUAGCAGGACGUUUAUAUGAAUUAGAUGGUCUCAAAGAUGGUCCUGUUGACCUAGGUGCUAUCCCAGCUGAUGCUGACUGGUUAAAUAUAGUGCGACCUGUAUUAGAAAAGAGAAUGCAGAAGUACAGUACAGAUGAAAUUCAUUUUAAUUUAAUGGCAGUUGUCUCAGAUAGGAAAACAUUGUAUGAAAAGAAGAUCUUAGAAUUAACGUCACUAAUGGAGGACAGUGGGAUGGAAACAGAUAACCUUCAGACAGAAAUCAGUCAUUUACAUGAUCUUAUACAAGAGGAGGAAAAUAAAAUGAAAAGAUACAAAGUUGAAAAUGUCAGAAGAAAACACAAUUAUCUCCCCUUUAUUAUGGAGUUAUUAAAAAUUUUAGCAGAACAGAAACAGCUGUUACCACUAGUAGAAAAGGCAAAGGAGAAAGCUUUAAAAAAGAAAGAAGAGAAGAAGCAACAGUCAUAGGAGUGAGCAGGAUCCUGUGUAAACUGAUAUUAUUCUCACAGUUGUUGUGAUCUAUUUGAAAUAGUCAAUUUUAGGACAAGGUUUCCUCAGAGUUGAAUUAAGUUCAGUUUUAUCUUGUCCAUCUUUUAGAUUGGCAGGUUAUAAGUUGAUGAUUGUGGAAGACUGAAUUUUUCUAUGGGGAAGGGGGAAAACAUCAAAAAAUUAUUCUGGUUCUCAUCAUUAAUGAAAAUUAAGGAAAUGGAUCCUUCAUGGUUUAAAUACAGAGCAAUGAAAUACGAAGGUUUAUUGGGGUGCUUCCUGUCUUUUUAAUACAUUGUACUUGAAAUACACCAACUUCAAAAUUAUUUUAUGCAAUGAAAUACAGGACAAUACUGAGAGUGUCUUUAAGAUAUAGAUAUAAAACAAGUCUUAUCUCAUCAAAAUCUUUUGCUACAAGAUUUCAUAUGAAACAAAAUAAUAUGUGUAAAAUAUCUUUAUGUUGGGCUUUAGUUUAUUAUUGAUUUUUCCAAAAACUAUAUGUAAAAUGGCUGUUUCUGGUCAGAAACAUCAAUUUGAACAUAAUCAUAAUUCUACAGUGACAUCACAAUUAGCAUUUCAGUCCUUAAGUGUCAAUAAUAAAUUAUAACUAACAGUUUUGUAAGGAUCAAAGAAUUUCUCCUUUUUGGCAAAUUUAUUGAACAGUAAAUGGUUGUUCUCGUACCUCCUAAUCUCUAUGCAUUUCUGUAUACAAAAACAAAGUAGCAUCUGAGUUAAAUAACAUUAUUUUUACUUUCUUAUAUAUACCAGUUUUACUCACUGUCUGAUUUGUAGUUGACCCCCAAUAUUUAAUAUGUUCACUUAUUUAUUUAUCAUUCUAUCUCAGUUUGUUGAACCAGUACUGUAAGCUGUAAGUGUAUAUUUAAGAAAACUCAUUGUAUUGUUACACUCACACAUAUCUUUUUUUCACAAGUAAAAUUUGUCAAGCAUGAGCUGAAAAUAUGAUGUAUGAAAUGCUUUACUUUGAUAAAUAAGGAUUGUAACAUUAUGAAUAUACAUUCUUACAUUUAACAAUUACACCAUGUAUGUCAUUCCUUUUACUAUGUUAAAGGAUUGUUUGCUUUCAAGAGUUGUAUGCAAUACUAGGACAUAGCUAAGUUUUAUCAGUUGAUGUUCUGUUAGAUACAAGUCUUUUUUUCAAAUUUCAUAUAGCUAUUAGCUGCCUUGAAGUUGUGUUCUAUAAAAAGAAAACAAAACAGCAUGACUUAAUUGAGAAUAUUACUGCAUUUUUGUUGUUGUUAUUUAUCUUUUAUGUUAUGUACUAAAUAAAUCUACAUACUUCAA